AUUAUUUCAAUAUGAUGACAUAUCAUAAUUACCCCAAGUGAUGUCUGUACAACAGUCAGACUGGUACGUGUUGAUGUUGACGGUGGAGAGCGCAAGGGUGCCAUGAGUGUACCGUACCGUGUGAAUGAACCAAAAAAGGUCGUGAACCGAGGCAAAGGUGACGAAAAGGAACACUCGGUUUGAUGACCUCGGAGUGACCAGGAACACGAGCACGAGCGUGUUGCAUCUCUUGACGCGGGCAGAGGGCACCAUGUCGCGACGAGGAAGACGGAGGACGGGCAAAGAAGAUGAUGAGAGGGACAAUGGUGGUGGUGGUGGUGGUGGUGCUGCUGCGGCGGUCUUUGCUCUCGGCGCGCUGGUGGGUGCUGCCGGGCUGUACGUGUUCAACUCGUGGUUCGGCAAGGAGGAGGACAAGGGCAAGGGCAAGGGCAAGAAGGGCGGCGAUGGCGGGCAAGGGCCGAGCAGCGGGGUGUGUUUGGAAGGCGCGGGCGCAGGCGGGGUGUUUCCUCAAGUCAGUCAUGGCCAUGGGGCCAAGGGAGCGCCGCCGCUGGCCAGGGCGCCACCGGCGAGCGAUGAGGGCGCCGAUCGCGGCAUGUGCACCGUCUGCUGGGAGGCCGAUGCAGUGGUUCUCAUCGAGCCGUGCCAUCAUCUUUGCCUGUGCGAAGACGAUGCGGCGGUAAUUGUGGCGUCGGGCGCGCCGUGUCCGAUGUGCCGUGGUCCGAUCGCCAACACAGUCCGGGUCUUUCCCACAUAGCAGCAACAGUCGGAGAGCCGGGUCGCUACUCGGAGUGAGCAUGGUCGUCGCCGUGGGCAGAGUCAGUCUCGCUUGUGGGCGGCUCCUUGCAGCCGAACAGUUUGCCGCAGAGGAAGAGGGUACCGACAAAGAAGACGACCGAGCCGAUGAUAAAGAGAGUGAGACUGA